GGAAGCUGCUGGGAUGUUGAUGUGACACAGUCCGAGGAAGCCGGCGAAGCUUGACGUCAGCGGCGGAGCGCAUUUUAGAGGGGCCGAAGUGGUGUGACAAGACAAACACUAUACAGGUCUAAAAAUGGUGCGGAUUUUGGCCAAUGGAGAUAUUGUACAAGAUGAUGACCCUCGAGUGAGACGGAGCAAUCAGAAUAGGGAGAAUUCAUCUCGCCCGGGCUUUUUCAAUAUGGGGACUAAUACGGGUGUUCCCCCACGACAGCAGGAGCAGCAGCCGUACCAUCAGCGGGAGCAGCAGCAGGGCGCAAGGCCAGGGGAGCGCUCACCAUUUUCAGACAUCAACCAGCAGCUAGUGAACAUGGGAUUCCCCACCUGGAACCUUGGCAACCAGGUGGUGGAGCCGGUCAUGUCCAUCCUGUUGCUGUUCCUCCUCAUGAUGGUGGGCGUGCGUGGCCUCCUUUUGGUGGGCCUCAUCUACAUUGUCUCCCACUUAAGUCAGCGAUGACAAGGACUUUGGUACAGGCCAGGAUUGCUGCUUGGAGGAUAAAGAGCCAAAUUUUCUUGUAGUGUGUGUCAGUGUGUGUUGGAGAGAGAGUUUGUGUGUAGGGGUCAUAUGUCCCCAUUGUGUGUGUGCGCGCGUGCGUGUGUGUGUGUGGGCUUAUGUAUAAUCCUUACCUGAGAACCAUUAUAAACAGAUGCUACAGGAAAUGGAAAUGAGCAACUAGAAAUGCAAGUUCAUGAGGUCCUAUUUCAGUUGCUUCCUGCAGAAGCUUGAAAAUUAGUUUUCUUUCCAUGAGUGGCACAGGACUCUGGACCAGCAAUGCUAGAUUUGUGCUUCUGAGCUGCUCAGGAUGUUGCAGAUGCAAUGGUGUUCUGAGGGUUGUGGGAGGAAACCUUUUUGGCUGAAAAGGUAGGAACUAGAUUUGGUUAAAUGAUGCAAAGGCUAAUAGGAAUGCACUUGAACUUAGUCUGUAAAAGACAGUCUUACUUACGAGAUGGUUAAGCAAAUGUCAGAGGGCUCUGGAGAGAAAUUAGCAAGGUGGCAGAGGGAGACUUGCAGAAGGACAUAGGUACUGCCUAUUAAUUUGGAAAAGUCUAGCCAGAUCUAAAAUGAGCAGGAGUUUGAUUGAACUGAUUGAACCCCAAACAUUUGAUUGAACUAACUGAACCCCAAAUGCUCUAAUUCUGGCCAGUCACAGGAUUGAAAUACCAGGGCCCCACUGACAGGUUUGUAUCCAUAGCUAAGAAUACAGUUUGCAGAAAUCCACUAGUCCAGAUCUCACCAUUGGUGGCUCCCUUCAGACAUUUGGAGGGAAGGGGUACAUGCUGGGCUUGUGGCUCAUGAGUGCGACGAAGAACCAUUCUGAGAACUGCUGCUUCGAGGUGGGGUGUACCCAUGUGGUUCCUCCAUUUGUGCAGUCCCCAUGGUAAGGACCUUGGUUCUUCCAGAUGGUGACUCUGCAGAUAGAGUGCCAUUCAGUGGUGAUUCCUGGGAUGCUCAAUUAAGGAUUACCUUAAGCGUGAACUAUUCCAUUGUUUCACAGUAUGCUUCGUGGCCUGUGUGUAUCGCACUGGGGAGCCUUACUGAAUCUGAAUGUGCAUUGGGCACAUGUAAAUUGGUUCUUGUUUGUACUAAAUGAGAUGAAUGAAUAGAGUUGACUGUACACUUUUGCAUUCCCAUACAACCUGGUGGGAACACUGCCCCCAACUGCUUUCUCAGCUAGCAACAGUGUGGAAGAAUAGAAUUCAAGCAAACAAAAAUAUUUGUAAUCGCUUCUCCCAACACUUUGUAAUACUAAUUGCAAACUGAUCUUAAUAUAUCCCUCAUUUCUUUUUAAA